AUGGCCACACCUCCCGGACCACCUACACAGUCCUACCACAUGUCUAGUCAGAUCCAGCCCUCGGAGCAACUUGAAGCUCCUCAAAUAGACUCACAAGGAGGGCUCAAAGGCCAGCAGCAGCAGACAACGUACCGGCCAGGAGAUGUAGAGACUGGUAUGCGUCCAGGUGCUGCGCCUCUGGCCUAUUCAGGGCCUACUUCCUCAGGGGGCCCUCCCAAGCCUACUACUAGCCCGGGCCUGCAACCUUUAUCAACUGCCAAUCCACCGAUGUCUGGGUAUAUGGAGCCUCGUCCGACGCAACCAGCGACUUCUGUAGCACGAGGGGACGCACCACAGCAUACAACAUUUGACUCCGGCGCAAAGUAUGGGACUCGUCUACCGUCACAGAGCUUCAUGACCGGCAAUACCUUUCCCGGGGCACCACCAGAGCAGACACCAGCCUACUAUGGCUUCGCGAACUUCCAACCGUACCCCGCCUACUAUGCCAGUGCAACGCCUGGUAAUGUCGCAAUGGCACCACAAGUGCAGCAGAUGCAAUCGACGGGCUUGGGUGUGCCACAGGGUCUCGUAUAUGGUCAGCAAUACCCAUCCUACUAUAACGAGGGCCAACUCCACGCAGGCUAUGGAGCAGUCCACCCAGCACCUGCAGAUUAUCAAAACUGGCACACAGGGAGCAAUCUCGUUUAUAGCGGCAAUGCCAACGUCAUGAGCCAUCAACGCCAAGGAAGUUUUACCGAGGACCCGCUCGAUCCAUCUUUCGGAGGCCAAGUACUCGGACAAACGCCAUACGCUAGCGCCUUCAACAGCAAUACCCCUCAGCUACAGCAGACCGGGACGAUGCAAACUCAGCGCCGGACAUCGCCCCUAUCGACUUCGGGCAGGCGCAGCGAGCAUAGGCCAGCCGAUACACGCUCCGAGCACGUGAUGUGGGUGGGCAAUGUACCCACCGACGCUACGCAAGAGGAGCUGUGGUCAAUCUUCUCGACUCUGCCUCCUCUGCCCCAGCAAGAUCAGGAGGGUGAGCAGGAGCGCGAACGCUGGCCUCAUGGGAUCCUCUCCAUCUUUAUCAUCGCGAGGUCGAACUGUGCCUUUGUCAAUUACACUACGCCAGACUAUCUCACUCGGGCUGUAGAAUUCUUCCACGGGAAGUCACUCCGUCCGCAUGAUGCUCGAUGCCCCAAAUUGGUAUGUCGUAUCAGGAAGAAAGACGAAGAAGCCGCGGCUGGCGUGGCCGGCCAACGGGGAAAGGGUAUUCAUGUUGCGUGGCUCAAGGAGCACAACAGGAGACUCGAAACGUCCCGUCGCACCGAUCCUGCCUCUUCCUCACAAUCCCCAUCCACUUCGACAGCUGCUGUACAAGUCUCGGGCGGUCUGGCUCCUCCUCACGAGCGCUUCCUGUCAGAGUCGGCAUCUGUUGAACCCUCCUCGGGGACCGCAACGCCGCGCUCUGGUCCUCGUGCGCCGCCAGCUGCAGAAGCUUCCAGCUUCGAGAGGACUGCUUUUGACCAAACACAGUCGGCGUCUGACCCUUCCUACGCCAGCACUAACUCGGAGGUCUUGAGUCAUCGUGCUUUCUCCAAGCGAUACUUCCAUCUGAAGAGCCACAAUGUAGAGGAGCUCGAUCGAGCGGUCGAGACGAAGACUUGGACCACACAGCCUCACAAUGAGUCUUUCCUGGAUCAAGCUUUCCGCCACAGCGAGGUGGUGUACCUCUUCUUUUCGGCAAACCAGAGCGGACGUUUCUAUGGCUACGCGAGGAUGACCGGUGGCAUUCCUUCAGACGCAAAGCAGCAAGGACUGACAGUGUCUGGCCUGUCUCACCCUUCCGUGGACACAUUGGCGCCGACGACUGUGGUCAAGGAUUCUCCUCCUCCGAUGACGCCACCUGAAGAGCUAGAGACACCAGCCUCGACGGAGGUCAAGAUGUCAUCCGAAGAAGCCGAGAAGCCGCUCACACAGACCUGGCCUAUCGGACGAGAAGUACGUGAGCGGAAGACCUCAUCUGCGGAUGGAGCAGCAGACAUCUCGGGUGACAGCUCCGCUGGUGGAGGCAUCGUACACUCUGACAGCUCCAAGAAUUACAGGCUGCGGGCUCGCGAUAGACAGAGGAGAAAUAACGACGAGCCAGGAACGUCAAAGGCCGACGAGGUCAAGGGCGAUUCGCCUCAGAAAGCGUCGGUAGCCUCCGGACUAGACCCCGUUUCCCCUCAAUCUUCGGACCGCAGACCUUCAUCUGGAGGGCGACCUAGUAGCUGGACCUCAUCCGCCGACCUUGUGGAAGAUCUAGACCGUACGCUGGACUUUUCCUCCUCGCCCAGGGAGUCCCGAGCUGCCGAGCAGCACAUCACCAGAUCGUUGAUCCACAACUUGCGCCUGGACCAAAUCGACUCUCAAGAGAAGGUCUUGAGACUGCAGAGAACGCUCGAUGAGCCUCAUGGACAGUCUGUCGACGCAGCAGAUGAGGGACAGGGCCAGAGGGGUCUGUCGACUGCCUCUCCGGUAGGCAGUGGCAAAGCUACUCCUCUUUCACCCGCUCAUCCUUUCACCAUCGAGUGGCUACAGACGAUCCCUUUGCCCUUUGGGGUGGUGAAGCACCUCAGGAACCCUUGGAACGAAAACAAGAGCGUACGCGUUGGUCGAGAUGGCACGGAGCUUGCCGUCGAGACGGGCGCUGAGUUGCUGCGCAUAUGGGACGACCAUGUAGGGAAGCAGGAGGUGUCCAACAGUCGGCGAGAGUCUUGA